AUGAACUCCAUCAAAUAUGUGGCUGUAUCUGAAGUAUUUGAUCCGCAUCUCACGCCCAUGUCGUUAUCGAAACAGCACUUUGGGGUUAGCCACCAGAAAAAUCGCGGUGGAAAAGGAAUUAAAAAAAGCAGAUUGAACAGAAUGGUAGCAAUGUGUUCUUGUUACUUGAGAGCUUGCAAACGCGUGUUCAUACUACUUACAUUCCAAUCUCCGUGA